AUGUCGUACAAACUUAGUUCCACAUUAACCGGUCACGAGCAAGAUGUCAGAGGUUUGGCCAGCUCAACAAUUGGCGACGAACCUAUGAUUGUAUCGGUGCUGAGAGACUCCACCACUAGAGUCUGGAAUCAGGUCAAUACCUCACUGGAUUCAGAUUCAAAAAUUCUCUUCCAUUCACCAACUAAAUCAUUUAUCAACUCAGUUGCCAUAGUUGAACCAAAUGGCGUAGGGGAAAAGUUGGCAGCUAGCGGCGGACAAGAUACCAUGAUUUACUUGAGUGAUUUACACAGUAUUGAUAGUACCGAUUUGGAUCAAGAUGGGAAAUAUCAAUUGAUUGGACAUGAAGGCAAUGUAUGUGCAAUGGAUUUUGCUCAUGGUGAAUUCAUCUCAAGUUCAUGGGAUGGUACUGCAAUUGUAUGGAAUUUGCAAGAGUUUGUUCCCAAAUUUAUCCUUCAAGGACACGAAUCAUCAGUAUGGGAUUGUAAAAUCGUCAACAACAAGAACCAAUUCUUGACUGCAUCGGCUGAUAAGUCAAUUAGACUAUGGCAAGGGGAUCAUGAAAUUCAAAAGUUUUUGGGCCACACUGAUGUUGUUCGAAAAUUGUUGAUUUUACCUGGUGGUAAUCAAUUUGUAUCUAGCGCCAAUGAUGGAACCAUAAAAGUUUGGGAUUUACAAACAGGCAGGAUCUUGAAAACAUUAUUUGGUCACGAUUCAUUUGUUUAUGAUUUAGCAUUGUUGCCUAAUGGGAAUCUUGUAUCAACUGGUGAAGAUCGUACCGUGCGUAUUUGGGAUUUAUCAAAAGGUGAAGCAUUACAAGUGAUUACGUUGCCUUGUAUUUCAGUCUGGUGUGUCACUGUAUUGAACAAUGGAGACUUUGCUGUUGGUGGUUCGGAUAACUUGAUACGCGUCUUCACUCUGGUGUCUGAUCGCGUUGCGUCACAGGAAGAGUUGAAAGCUUUCACCGAAGCAGUACAAUCAUCGUCGAUUUCGGAACAAUCAUUGGAUGAUUUGAAAAAGACUGAUAUCCCAGGAAUAGAGGCAUUGUCGAAACCAGGCAAGAAAGAAGGUGCAACCAUUAUGGUGAAAACUGCCAAUGGAACAAUUGAGGCUCAUCAAUGGUCAAGUGGAGAAUGGCACAAGAUUGGUGAUGUUGUUGGUGGUGCAAGCUCGACAAAGAAACAGGUUUAUGAAGGAAAGGAAUACGAUUAUGUAUUUGACGUUGAUAUCAAAGAUGGAGAACCACCAUUGAAAUUGCCAUACAAUUUAAAUCAAAAUCCAUAUACAGUUGCAGAAAAGUUUCUUGCUGAUAAUGAAUUACCUUCGUCUUAUACUGAUGAAGUGGUGAGAUUCCUAGAGACCAAUACUGCCGGGGCAAGAUUGAGUGAAGAUGCAGCAGCUGAUGCCAAUCUGGCACACCUGUCGACUUCGGCCUUGGUGAAUGACCCUUAUUCAGAUGCGUAUGUCAGACAACAUCAACACCAGGGAAAACCUGAGAGUCACCCCUCAGCAACGUCAAUAAUCCCUGAGAAGCAGUUUAUUGCAUACAAAGAAUUCAAAAAGGAAUCUAUACUUAAUGGAUUGAAAAAGUUGAAUGCAUCACAGGAAACCAACCAAUUCACACCAGAUGAAUUAUCUACUUUUGAAUCCUUGGUUUCCAACUUAUCAUCCGACGGCGCCAUCGAAUUAAUCUUGCAAUAUGCCACCAAAAUUAUCUCGUCUUGGGAAACGUCCUCCAAAUUAAUUGGAUUCGAUUUGAUUAGACUUGCUAUCCCUAAAAUCACAGCUCAUGACUUUUUGACCAAGGAAACCAUUGCUGAGUCAGUUUCCAACCUGAUUGAACUGGGAUUGGAAGUCGUCGAUUCAUCGAGUGCUACACUAUUCAUGAUGAUUAUCAAAGUAUUGAUUAAUUUCAUUGAUGGCGCUGGGUUUAUCCAAGCUUUUAUUGAUCCGUUCGAAGGUGACUCUGCCAAAUACAUCUACAAUACUUCAUUCAGCCACAUUUUAAGCCAAGUCGGAGAUAAAACAACGAAAUUGGAUUCUUCAGCAAAGCUUUAUUCCGCGGCAAUUACUGCAUUAGCUACAUUGGUGUAUGACUUGUCAACAAUCCAACUCAAAACCACAGGUUUGAAUUGUCAUUCAUCAACUUCAGCAGCACCCGUAUUGGACCUUGUGGAGAAAAUUGGUGAUGUUGUGGUUAGUUCUUCAGCUGAAGCUGGGUAUAGAUUGGCCAUUGCUUAUGGAAAUUUCAAGUAUGCAAAUGCUUACUCCAACGCGGGAGCAGCACCACCACCACAAUGGUUGAAGAAAUGGAAUGAGUUGUACUCCUCAAAGGAAAAGAGAUUUAGUGAUCUUGCCCAAGACUUGGCACUUCUAUAG